AGGCGCAGCAGCACAAUCACCUUUGUCUCUGAACUGUUCAGUUCUCUCUCUCUCUCAGCUGUCUAGUCAAAGUAAAACAGACAAAAUGGGGAAAAUUGAUGGAUGCCUGAAGGCUGUUUUCAUCUCCUUCAACUGCUUGUUUACAUGUUUGGGAGGCAUGUUGAUCUACGGAUUACUGCAGAUCAAUCUGAGUGCAUAUAAGAUGGAAGGGAUUGACGCCCCCAGCAUUAUCUGGAUCUGGGUGUUUGCCAUUAGCAUUGUCCUGAUCUCCUUGCUGGGGACCCACGCCGCACGCACCGAAAAUAAAUGUGGCCUCAAGCUUUUUGCAGUUUUGAUGGGGAUUGGAAUGGUGCUCAUGGUAAUCUGUGGAGUUCUUGUCAUUGUUUCAAAAAACCAGGCCAUGGAAAUCUUUCGAAGUCCUGAAGUUGCCAAGGAAAUCUUGAAAGACAAUAAAAAAAAACAUCUUCUUGAAACCGCGCAAAAAGAACUUCAGUGUUGUGGAUGGACUGGAGUCGAGGACUGGGGCUCAGACAUCCCUGACUCCUGUCGCUGCACACCUUCAUAUGGAUCAGAAUGUAAAUCCAUUCCACAGGGAUUCGGAGGAUUUUCAUCCGUCCACUCCAAGUCCUGUGGUGAAAUUACUUGGGCUUAUAUUGAAUAUGGCAUAAAGCUUGCCUUAGGCUUCAUUUUUGGAUUCGCUUUCGUUGCUGUGAUGGGAUUGAUCAUCUCCGCUAACAUGAUUAAUCAGAUCAGUCGUCACGACAGAGCAGGAAUACCAGCUUUUGCAAUGAAGGAUUAUUGACAUCAACCUGCAAGUCUUGAUGGGUUUUAUGGAAUGAUGCUCAAAUAUUGUUCAGAUUCUUUAUUUAGAAAAAAUGUUACCAAAUGUUUUGCAAACGUUUCCGCAUUUUGUGAUGCUUCCUCCAUAAAUAUUGGCUUUUAUUGUGAAGGAUUCCUUCUCUGACACACCUGAACCAAAUAAACAUGCUGUUACCAGG